AUGUCCAACUCUGGGGAGGCAGAGCUCCUACACACAUUUAAGGGGAUUCCCUUUACCACCAGGUCUUCUCCAGAACUUUUAAAAUCCUUGGAUACUUUUGAUGCUAGAGAAGAUGAUGUCCUUUUGGUUUCCUAUCCCAAAUCUGGCACUCACUGGCUUGCAGGAGUUAUAACAAAGCUUUACAAUGCUCAAGUCACAGUAACAUCUCCAAUUGAAUUUGGAGACAUUUCCCAACUGGAGGAGCUGAAUAAACUCUCAUCAAAGAGAAUCAUCCCAACACACUUAGACUACAACAUGUUGCCUCCAAAUUUUAAGAGUAAGAAAUGCAAGAUGAUCUACAUCAGCAGAAAUCCAAAAGACACUGCAGUUUCCAUGUUUCAUUACUACAGAGAUAACCCAAACCUUCCCACUGUAGACACCUGGCCUGCUUUCUUUGACCUGUUCUUAAAAGGCAGUGUUGUCUGUGGAUCCUGGUUUGAUCAUUUCCUAAGCUGGGAAGAACAUGAAGAUGAAAAGAACAUCCUCUUUUUGUUCUAUGAAGACAUGAAGAAGGAUCUCCCUAAGGUUGUAAAGGAAAUUAGUUUGUUCCUGAAUUUAAACGUCAGUGACAACAAUGUCCAAGACAUCUGCAAGAAGUCCUCAUUCUCAGAGAUGAAGAAUGACACACAAAAGGAGAACAGCAAUCCCAAUCACACCGUGUGUGCUCUGACAUCCAACAGGAAGCUCAUCUUCCGAAAAGGUGCUGUUGGUGAUUGGAAGAACUACUUCACUCCAAAGCAGAAUAUUAGGUUUCAGGAGAUAUUUAAUGAGAAAAUGAAACUCAGCAAGAUGGCAGAAAGUUUCAUCUAUGAGUUCUGA